AAUGUACUUGCCUGAGAAAGAACUAGGGAGUAUGAGGUAACUACAUCAUGAGGUAAGGUGUAGACUCGGGGUUAGUACAUACUAUGUUCAUGGCAUAGGGAAUAAAGUGCGACCGAAUAUUUUGUUUUAGUGUGGUUGAUGUUUUGAUAGAUUAUGACUCCCAUAUCUCAUGAAUGACACCUGCACACAGUUUGUAGUUUUCUGGGCUGUUGAAGAUUUGGUCAUUUUAAUUUUGUUGGCCAAAUAUUUUGUAAUGUUAUUUUUUUAUGGCAUUUCCAUCAGUUUCUGAGUGAUUCUAGAAAAAAACCAUUCACAUUUAGAAAUUUUGCUAAGCCUUACUUUUUAUGAGUAUUCUACAUUGGAUUGUCUUGUUUAAAUCUGUUAGGUCUAGUCAGGGGCAGAAUGGGACAAAAAAAAAAAAAAUCAGCCCUGGCACUUAUAGCCACAUCAGCUCACGUAACCACACGCAUUCAAAUGUAGGGUAGUUUGGGGGUUUCGGGGGCAUGAUACCCGAGAAAAUUUGGAUUUCUCUGACCUACAGGUAUGGCAAUUUAAGACUUUAAAAGGCCAAAAAUGCAGCCUAAUGUUUCGCAGCAGUUGCUGUUCAAAAAAGGAGGAUUCCAUUAUGUAGCUGCUAGUGAUGAAUGCUAUUCGCAUAAAGUGUAAAUGAAGGUCUGGGAAUAACCUCGACUGAACGGACAUCACUUUUCUUUUUUCAAAUUACAAGGUUUAUUAAUUUACACACUGUUGUUAUGUAUAUGUGCAUACACGCCUAGGACACAUCCAGCAGAUGGCGCUACUUCACUGCUGCUGAACGCGCCAGCCCAAACACGUCGAUUGCCUACGUCACGCUCGCCAUCCGUGUUUGAACGUGGCGGCGCGAGGUUGUGGAAAUUAGAUAUUAUAUACUAUUCGGUGUUUUCCUUGUUUGCACAUUUAAUGAGAACACAUAUUUAAACCAAUAGUUGCAUACAACACUAAUUAAUGGUUGUCGUGUUGCAUAACUCACCCCAAUGAUUGACGGAACAGACAUGACAGCCUCGGCUUCUGUUAAAUGGAAGGGGUUGUUCAGUCUUGGAGAGGAGUUUGACGAUGAGGAUUUGCUUGAACCUGAUUGGACAUGUCCAUCAGAGCGCACAUCUUCUACCGCUCCCUCUGUAACUCCACCAUCUGAGUCCUCGCAUGUGUUGGCUGAAAAAUCCACUCAUGUUCAGCAGAGACCUGUUAGCUUGUCAUCAGACCCUGGGGAAAAUACGUCAGGAUCUGGUUGUGUGGCGACUCUUCGAACUCCAACAUGUGGCACUAUCAAUUCCCCACCAGAUUUCUCCGUACCUUGCCAUCAGACACUUUUAUCCCUCAGAGCCCCUGCGUCAUCCCUGAAACCCUCCUCUAACCAAGUAAACCAUCCACCGCCAGCAUCUCUCAGUGUCCCACAGAGAGACCCCACUCCUCAGGAUGACUUUGAUGACUGGGAUGUGGAUCUGGAGGAGCUGGAUAGCAUUCCUCAAGUGGUUUCUGAGCCACAAAAUAUUUCUUCACCUCUGGAUAACAUUUCACCCAUUAAACGAAUGAGACAUUCAGCACCAGAAGUGUCUUCCCAUGGUAGGUUCAGUGGUACCUGCUCAGUGUCAGUUGCACGGCCCUCAAUCAACAGCUCAAUCGCUUCCAAUGUUGAAGCCCCCAGGUGUCCGUCUACCCCUAUGCAGAAUCCAAAUCACAUGCGCAUCCCCACUACAUUAGUCUCACGACUUCCCAGACCUGUCACUACAAGGCCUCCAGUGGUGUCUCCUCGCUGCCACAUGGGUACUUCAUCACCGAGGACCCCGCUGCAGCCCAGAGGAUCUCUUUUCCACUCUGCAUCAUCUGCUAUUGAUUCCUCUUCCACAUUAACACCUCGUCCUCUCAACACACCCGUCCUGACCAAUCACUUGGUCCAGCUGGUGUCUGCAGCCAAUAAGACACCUCAGAGACCACAGAGUUGUAUGAUGAUAACCAAAGCACGUCGUUUUCCUGGCCCAGCAGGAGCAUUACCACAGCAGGUCAGCCAAGCCGUCAGUGGGGGGAGUCUUGAUGAUAUUGUUGUGUCAGUUCCUCAUACACCUGCACAUGGAGCGGUUGCUCGCCUUAGAAAUGAGCAGGUCUCCAGCUCUCAAGUGAGCGAGGAAGAGGAGUUCAGCAGGGGUCCGUGGGCAGUGAUGAAGUCUGAGAUGGGAUUGGACGAGAAGAACCCUUCUUGCUUUCUGCAUUUGUACAGUGUUGUCAUGGUUCUCCGUAAGGCUGCUCUCAGGCAGCUAACUAAGAAUAAGGUUCCCAACAUGGCUGUUGUCUUGAAGAGUAUCACACACACGCAUGUAGACGCGAAGGCCAUCUUCAGAGAUCCAACGGGUGAGAUGCAGGGCACAGUUCAUCGUCGCCUGGUGGAAGACAGACUGGGAGAGCUCAAGACAGGAGCUGUGUUAUUACUGAAACAAGUGGGUGUGUUUUCACCAUCACACCGAAAUCACUACCUGAAUGUCACACCCAAUAACCUUCUCAGGAUAUACCCACCUGAUGGGGUCUUCCAUGACUCCCAGCCAUCCCACCCUCCACUGCAGGAGUUGCGUAGUGAACCCAGCAAGCCUACGGGGGGCCCGGUUUCUCAGAUGGUGCUCCACUUUGAUGACGAAGAUGAAAAUACAGUUGAGGAAAAUCGGGCGGCUGAUGCUUUAGACACUGCAGCUGGCUCUAAUGAGCUCUGUCAAGCAUCUACAGUGUUGGGACCAACAGAGGAGACAGCAUGGGAAACAGAUGACCUUGACGAGCUGCUCGGGGAGUUACCUGUGGAGUCGUAUGAUGGAUUACGUUGAUCGCACAGUCACUUAAAAUAUAAAGUAUAAUUGUAGAACAUGUCUUAUAUUAAUACAUAUUAUGACAAUUACUACUAUUGAACAAACAACACCUACUAACCAAAGAAAUCACUACUUUUGUUUAGGUUUUGUCUAAUCCUUUGUAAAUAUGUACAUAAUUCACUUGUCUCAUGCAUAAAUUGGAAAUAAAUUCCCGAUGAGA